ACAUGAAAAAUGUUGAUUUAAUUGUUUUACGCGCAAUCACAACUCAACAAAAACGUUUGAGUUUAAGUAAUAAAAAACUUUAUCAUUUACCAUACAACAUUGGAUUUCUUAACUGGCUUGUAAUAUUAGAUCUACGUUCAAAUAAUUUAUCUGAUCUGCCAAUUCUACCAAAACAUCUACAAUCGAUUAAUUUAGGUCACAACUGGUUUACAACAAUACCUAAUUCUGUAUUUGAAUUGACGUCACUCAAAUCAAUCAGUAUGUAUAGCAAUCAACUUCAAUCUAUUCCAAGUACACUUUUCGAACGGUUGGUUAAUCUUGAAUACAUAAAUUUCAAUCAUAAUUGCAUUAAUGCACUAAAUGACUCAAUAUCCAAUUUAGCCCAUUUGAAAUACUUGUCGAGUUCUCAUAAUAAAUUGACGACACUACCAGAGUCAAUGUGUUCAAUGCUCAACAAAUUAGAAUAUUUAAAUCUAGGUUAUAAUCAUAUUUUGACAUUGCCCUUUAAUUUUGGUCUACUACAAAAUAUGAAAACACUUCUUUUACAUAAGAACUUUUUAACACGAUUACCUGAGGUAAGUAGUGUGAUAUUUAUUUAGAGAAUUUGGAUUUUAGACAUUCGGGCAACUGAAAUCACUAACAGUUUUAGACUUAGCUGGUAAUAACUUACAACUUUUACCAUCCAACGUAAGUCACUUUAUAAAAUGGGGUUAUUUUAUGAGACUACACUUUAUGAUGAAAUUCGCUUUUAUUACUAUUCAACAACUGCUGUAGAAUUACAAACAGUUAGCGAGACUAGUAUAUCUGUUUCAUCUUAGUACUGAACUUCUACGAAGUCUAAAUCCAUGACGCAUCAUAGAAUCGAAUCCAGAACAAUCACUAUUUAUUCUCACGACUAAGUCGAAGUAAACGGUAGUAAUUUUCAACUUAUGUCAAUCUAAAAUUUUACUUUAACAUCAUUUAGUGAGGAAUGAUAAAAGUUAGUAAUAUGAAUCGUUGCACUGGUUUGAAAGCACUGUGCUCUCCAUAACCCGGAAUGUCCUAGAUUUGAUUUUAUGUAGAGUUAAUAAUCUACAAUUCUAAGUAGUCCGACAACGAAGUAAUUGUCACAUAUAUACUUGUUCUUAAUCAUUCUCCAGAUGACGUCGGUUGAUGAUAAUAAAUGCUAACUUCAAACCCGAAUAAUCUUCAGUCAAAGUUCAGUCUGAAUAAAUUAUGUUUUGUUUUUCUAUAAUUCCAGUUUACACAGUUGAAAUUAAAAGAAUUCUACGCUGAAGCUAAUCCAUUCACACGAAACGAUUUAUUUACUUCAACGUAUAAAGAAAAUGUUUUAACAUUGAAAGUAGACUGUUUGAUAUUCCCUUUAUUUUGAUGCAAAAAUUUUUUCAUAUAGGAAAUUGUCUUACGAAAAUUAUCCCGUUUAGGAUUUAUUGAGUAAUAUUUAACUUUAUCUAAAAUGUAUUAUUCAUAUUUUUAGUAUUGGUGUUAGCAAUCCUUGGUUAGAAAGUGUUAUAGGAUCAAAACAAUGGCAAACAGCUGGAUUUUGUGCUCUAUGUAAAAACCCAUUUGUAACUUGGUGGUUAGAAAGUGUCCGAUUUGCCAAUCGUAAAGAAUUAAUUAUCUCUAAAAAAUCUCAGUUGAACAAAGCAUCUCCAGAAGUAUUAUAUCCGUUAAGGACUUUGUUUUGCAGUUAUCACUGCUUAAGUUCAAGCGGAAAUUGUUACGAAUUAAGUGUUGGUUAAUGUUUUGUCGUAACGAAUUUACUCCUAGUGAUGACGAAGAAAAUUUCAAGCUCAGAAGGAAGAUUUAGAGUGAUGUGUACAAUUGAACUGGAUGCUUUAUUCAUCAUUAAAUUCUUCUAUAAUAUGUAACUUGUUUCUAAAGUAUGUGCUGAUGUUAUUGUCCAGAAAGACACUGAAAACUUUAUAACUAAGUCAUACAACUCAUUGAACACAACACUUUCAAAUUACUGUCAGUGAUACCAUUCGUGACAUUAUCUUUCAUUGUCCCCUUUUCGAGAAAAUUUCAAUUCAUGGAACCAAGAUUUAAUCUCAUGGUUUCUUUAUCUCAGUCAUUAGUUUAUUCCAAAUGUAAUCACUACUUUACAAGUUAUUUUAUUUAUAAUUCCGAUUAUGUGUUUCAAGUUUUCCAGAGCUUCUUCUCCCAAAAUGCUUCCUUUUUAAAAAAAAUUAACACAUAGUAAGAAUGAAUAAAAUUAGUUUUAAAAAAAUUAAUAAACAAAAAUAGAUGUAAUAUAACUACUUAUAUAUAUAUGAACACCAAAUUUAACUUUUUUGAAAAAAGAUUGUUAAUUAAAACAAAAUACAAAUCCC